GCGACAUUUUGAAAGUAACCUACAUAGAUAGGCACGCGUUACUGAGAUAUCUAUUGAAUUUAUACAUGCGAUACGAACGCAAAUACAGAACAAAUGUAAGUGCUCUACAUUGUCGAUUAAUGCAGUGUCACAAAUAGGUUAAGCAAACACGGGUCUGUAUUUGUUGAUCAAGCGAAGCAGUUUAUCUUCUAGACGGACUGCAAUGAAGUCAUCAUAAAGCAGACAACAUGAGCCAACUGUGGAAUCCAGCGCGCUCGGAGUUAGAGACACUUCCGGAUAUCGACUUCUCGUCGCUGUCUAUUGACACCCUUGCAACGUCCACUAGAUUUAUCAAUCCGGGCACAGAGCCAUUGGUUGCACCAAUAACGCACAGCAGCACCUACAAAAUUAAGAACGUCGAUGAUUACCUGAGGAUCUUACAAGAGUCGGGAUACAUUUAUGGUCGCUUAGGUAAUCCCAACUCCGACGCAGUGGAAUGUGCGAUCAAUGCAUUAGAGGGUGGAGCCGGAACGCUUGUGUUUACGUCCGGUAUGGCCGCCAUAAGCUCUGCUCUUAUAUGCUUUCUGCAGGCCGGUGACCAUGUCAUAUGCCAGAAUCCAGUGUACAGUGCAACGUUUGACAUGCUGGAUAAAAUUUUAAAGAAGUUUGGCGUUGAGACAUCCUGGGUCCCAGCAGGGUCAGAUGUGGACGUGUAUGCGCAAAGCAUUCGACCCAAUACUAAGCUGUUGUACGGGGAAACACCAUGCAACCCAAUGAUGAACCUUCUUAAUCUCGAAGAAUUCGGUAAACUGGGCCAAUCGAGAGCCAUUAUGACAAUGGUAGACAGCACCUUUGCAAGUCCUUUCUGCCAACCGACGAUAAAGUUUGGAAUCGACAUUUCUAUGCAUAGCUGCACUAAAUAUCUCGGAGGCCACAGCGAUCUUACUGCUGGAUGCCUGACGUUCCGCGAAGUAAAGAACUGGAAACUGAUGAAAAGAUACCAGAGCUCUCUUGGCGUCCAACUCUCUCCCCACGACGGCAGCCUUUUGCUAAGAGGCAUUAAAACGAUUCAUGUUCGCAUGCCAAGGCAUUGCAUCAACGCACAAAAGGUCGCAGAGUUUCUGGAAGGCCAUCCAAAGGUGAGCUAUGUUAUGUAUCCCGGAUUAAAGUCUCACCCGCAACACGACCUAGCGAAACAACAGAUGACACGGGUAUUCAGUGGAAUGCUUGUCGUGGAAAUAAAAGGAGGAAUUCAUGGAGGAAAGGCAUUCGUUGAGAAUGUUCGUCUCGGACAACUAGCCGUUUCUCUGGGAGGCGUGGAGACCUUGUUGCAGCAUCCUGCCACGAUGACGCACGGGCCAAUGAUCAUGUCCGAUGCCGAACGCAAGAAGGCUGGCAUCACAGACGGACUGGUUAGAAUCAGCGUUGGAUUGGAGGAUCCAGACGACCUGAUUCGAGACUUCACUCAAGCACUAGAACAUGUGAAACUUUAACGCAGCGAUUGUACUGUGACAAUAAAUGCCUUUUGCGAAAGACGCUUCAUCGAACGUGUUCACAUAUGUUUGUAUAUUUCGACACGUGAAAAUGUUAUAUGUAAAUUUGAAAAAUUAAA